GUCUGUCAGCAGUAGUGACGCACAACGAGACCGCUCGUUUAGCCGGUGACGCUUCUCGCGGGUCAAGCGGCGUGCUGUUCGUCGCUGGCGGCUGUGCAGCGGCUGCGCUGGCGCUGCUGGCAGCAGCGGCGGCCGCUGGCACGCUGUACAAGAGAGGCAGCAAGGCGAGGCACCAUGACUCUAUACACACAUCGUACACAACAGCAGCGUACGGCAGCCACCAGAACGUUCUCCUCCGCCUAGACACCCUCGGCCGCCCGCCCAGCUCCACCGGAUCCUACGCCACAAUCGCCAGCCUACACAAGUUCCCUUUUGGUAGUCGAAGAUCCCCGUCGCCGUAUGCGACCACGCACAUAGGAGAACACAUCUACGCCAAGCCCGAGUCACGGGUCUCUUAUUACGCUGCUUCUAAUCUCACGCAUGUUUCAACGCAAACGGUGGCCAAAGACCGCGUCACGGACCCAGCGGAGCAGCUUCGACUCCUGACCACAGUCCGGUCCAACAUUCGUUUGGAGAUUCUCAUACACGAAGGAACUUUUGGGAGGGUUUACAAGGGAGUCUUCAAGAAGGGAGAGACGUAUGAAGAAGUUAUUGUCAAGACUGUUUCAGAUGCAGCAUCAGCGAUGCAAGCGGCGUUGCUCGUAGCCGAGGGCCUGAGGCUGUAUGGGCUGGCUCAUGCUAACGUACUGUCGCCCAUGGCAGCGUGUGCUGAGGAAGCCAGACGACCGCUGCUAGUCUACUGCUGUGCUUCACAUUCUUCUAAUCUUAAGAGGUUCCUCACAUCAUGUCGGUUAGGGCAGCAGGCCGCUCCGGCCACAAGAGAACUGGUGGACUUGGGUGCGCAAGCGGCGUGUGGCCUGGCGUACCUGCAUGUGCAGCGGUUCAUACACGCCGACGUCGCGGCUAGGAAUUGCGUAGUCGACGAGAAAUUGAGACUGAAAGUGACUGACAACGGUUUGUCUCGGGACUUGUUCCCGGACGACUACCACUGCUUGGGCGACAACGAGAACAGGCCGGUCAAGUGGAUGGCUCCGGAGGCGCUGCUGCAGAACCAGUACAGCACAGCUACUGAUGUGUGGUCGCUGGGUAUCACUCUCUGGGAGUUGGCGACGCUCGGCGCUGCCCCGUUAGCUGAGCUUGACGCGGCUGACGUUGGGGCCUUCCUCAGUGGAGGAUACAGGCCCUCUCAGCCGCACAACUGCCCUGAUGAACUGUAUGGCCUCAUGUCCUGGUGCUGGACAUCAUCACCAACGUCCAGGCCCACCGCUCCUCAACUCUUGGCUGCUCUACACGACUUCAGACAAGCUCUUAGUACGUACAUAUAG